AUGAUCUAUACGCAAGACCAUAAAUUAUAUUAUCGGUUUGAUGCUGAGACUAUGGUAAUUGAGGCAUGGGGAACCGAUUCGCUGCGUGUUCGCAGCUGGCUGGUGGCCCGGAUGCCUCCUGAUGACUGGGCCUUGACAGAGCCGGUCUGCAAUUCCGAUGCUGUGGUCGAAUUACAGAAAAACGGGGAAGUGGUGGUGCAGGGGGUCAUUCAGAACGGGAAAAUAUCUGCGCGCCUGGAUAUGAAUGGCAAGCUGGUAUUUGAGAAUCAGGAAGGCAAAGUUCUGCUUGAAGAAUAUUAUCGAAAUCGGAAAGAAUAUAAUUUUCUACCCGGGAAAGUUCCUUCCGGGUUUGCGUCUGCUCUGGAAAUUGAAGCUCGGGAAUUUAUGCCUGUGGCCGGGGAUAACUAUAUGUUGACCAUGCGCUUUGAGGCGAAUCCCACAGAAAAGAUUUACGGUAUGGGACAGUAUCAGCAGCCAUAUCUCAACCUGAAAGGUUGUGAACUGGAAUUAGCGCAGCGCAACAGUCAGGCCAGUGUGCCAUUUGCGCUCUCCAGUCUGGGUUAUGGUUUUCUCUGGAAUAAUCCGGCUGUCGGUCGGGUUUGUUUUGCCAGAAAUCUCUCUGUCUGGACGGCUCAGGCAACUGACAAACUGGAUUACUGGAUUACUGCAGGUGAAAAACCGGCAGACAUUCUGGCCAGUUAUGCCAGAGUGACGGGGAACGUUCCCAUGAUGCCGGAUUGGGCGAUGGGUUUCUGGCAGUGCAAGCUGCGCUACCAGACGCAGGAAGAACUGCUGGAGGUUGCGCGUGAAUAUAAGCGCCGCAAUGUGCCUCUUUCGGUGAUCGUGAUAGAUUUUUUCCAUUGGACCUGUCAGGGAGAAUGGAAAUUUGAUCCGGUGUACUGGCCCGAUCCGCAAGCAAUGGUUGAUGAAUUAAAGCAGAUGGGUAUAGAAUUAAUGAUCUCUGUCUGGCCUUCUGUAGACCAGAGGAGUGAGAACUAUGCGGAAAUGGAAGAAAAAGGGUACCUGAUUCGGACUGAAAGAGGGCAUCGCAUCUCUAUGAUGUUUUAUGGUAACACCAUUCAUUACGAUGCGACGAAUCCCGAAGCACGAAAAUAUCUGUGGAACAGGAUCAAAGAAAAUUACUAUGUGUAUGGUAUCCGGACAUUCUGGCUGGAUGAAGCGGAACCGGAGUAUACAUAUUAUCAUUAUGAUCAUUAUCGCUAUCAUAAAGGUUCCAGUGCUGCGAUCGGUAAUAUUUAUCCGGCAAUGUAUGCCAGAACCUUUUAUGAAGGUAUGCUGGAGGAAGGCCAGAAAAAUAUUAUUAACCUGCUGCGAUGCGCCUGGGCCGGCAGUCAGAAAUAUGGUGCGCUGGUCUGGAGUGGUGAUAUUGAUUCCAGUUUUCCCAGUCUGCGGAAUCAGUUUGCGGCGGGGCUCAAUAUGGGACUGGCCGGGAUACCGUGGUGGACUACGGAUAUUGGGGGGUUUCACGGCGGUGAUGCCAGCGAUCCGGAGUUCCGGGAAUGUUUUAUCCGCUGGUUUCAGUAUGCAGCGUUUUGUCCCGUUAUGCGUCUGCACGGGGACCGUGAGCCGCAUGCCGAGCCAUUAGAUACCCGGCCGGGUGCCACAGGAGGAGGAGUCUGUAACUCAGGCGCAGAAAAUGAAAUCUGGAGUUAUGGACAGGAAAUUUAUCAGAUAUGCAGAAAGUACAUUCUGAUUCGGGAGCGGCUCCAGCCGUAUUUACAGCAGCUGAUGCUCGCGGCACACCAGUGCGGGAUGCCGGUGAUACGACCGCUGUUCUUUGAUUUUCCCCAGGACACUGCCUGCUGGGAAAUUGAAGAUCAGUACAUGUUCGGGCCGGAAAUACUGGUUGCCCCCAUUUUAUAUUACAAAAGCAGAUGCCGGAAGGUCUACCUGCCUUCUGGUUGUCAGUGGCGGAACCCCUGGAAUAACAGGAUGAUGGAGGGUGGACAGACUGUAGAAGCAGAGGCACCAGUAGCACAGAUUCCUUUGUUUAUUCGUGGAGAUUCCAGAGUGGCGAUUCUUUAG